GUGGAAGGAGCGCGAAGGUAACGUCGGUGCUUGUUUGGCUGGAUUCUGUAACUGAACAGGAACACGACAGGACCGCUGUCCACAUGCCGUGUCCGAACAUUUACGCGGAGCUAUGCAGGCGAGCGCCGACGCACCGCUGACUGCGCGUGCCGUGCACCCACCGGACAAAAAGGUUGGAACCCACUAAGAGGCCCUCAUCCUCUCCAAAGCUACCACGAAGCUACGAGACACACAGUUCACAAGGCCCCAGCGUCUCACAGCCAGUCAUAGAACAACGCUCCAGGAUUUGAAAUUCUAGUUUAAUUAAGGGAAGAUUUUUUUUCUUGUUUUAAUACAAGAAGGUCUUGCAGUCAUUACACUCCUGUAGAGUUUCAUCUAAAGACGUUGGUUCAUUUAUAAAAGUUUUUUUCCCCUGUAGGCUUUAUCACCAGGGUGCAAAUAGAACUGCCGAGCUGCAGCUGAAGUGGAAUUUUAGCCCUAAUUAAUUCUCUUUUGGUUUAAAGGUAUACAAGUCUCUGCCAUAAAGGCUUUCAUUUGGAUUAUCAGUGCACUAGUGAAGGUCAGUGUUCCUUAACUCUCUCUCCUCUCGGGUCUUUGAUCCAGUGCCACCUCCUCUUUCACUCCUGACUUUGAGGUUUUUGUGGGAUUAAGCAUUAAGCCCCAGGACACCCUCUUCAAGCUUUUUUUUUUGUUGACCAGGGAUAUAGUCAAGCCAAAAAUUUAACUAAAAUAACCUCCCGGCAGGAUGCAGUGAAGGGGAGAAGAGAGCCGUAGAGAAAGAAAUAGAGAGAAUUGAAGGGCAGAUGGCUUCGCUGCUCAAAAACACCAACAGCCAGAUGAAUAAAACAUCUGAAUAAAGAGGGAGCUGUGACAUCUGGCUGAGGAGUGAGUUAGACACUCUCCUCAUUCCCUCGCUCUUUCUUUUUACCUUUUCUGUCCAUCUUUCACACACUAGCAUCCCUAUCUUUGUCACCCCCCUUCCUUUUAUCUAUUUUUUUUGUGGACGCAGGGGUUCAGACAGUCACUCAAACAGACAGGAACAAGCUUGUGCCUCUGCUUGUUUCUGCUGCUCUCGCUCAGUUUAGUUCCACCUUUGCAAGCUCCCCUCACGCCAUCCCCUGCCCAUUCCUCUUCCUCCUCCCUGGCGUGGUGUGUGAUGCUGUGUCCCCUUCUCCUUGUCCUGGAGACAUGCCUGUGCAGGAGAUGGCGGUGAGUCCUGUCAAGUCCCUGUACUGGGAGCAGUUCCCCCCAAUGUCGCAGCGUCGUGUCUACUGCACUCCCGUCUACCACGAAGGCCUGCUUUACGUGCUGGGGGGCUGCAGCGAGACAGGCGCGCCCCUGGAUAGCGUUGAGGUCUUGGAUGUGGAGAGCCAGACGUGGAGCCAGCUUCCACCGCUGCCCACUGCGCGGGCGGGGGCCUCGGCCGUGGCCUUGGGGGGCCAGGUGAUGGUGCUGGGGGGAAUGAACCAGCAGCAGACCCCACUGGCGUCCGUGGAGAUGUACCACCCCGACGAGGGCAAGUGGGAGACGAAGGCCAGCCUGGGUCAGCCGUCCAUGGGAGUCACAGCUGUGGAGAAAGAUGGAAAGGUGUAUGCGCUGGGAGGUAUGGGAACCGACACAACGCCACAGGCCCUGGUCAGGGUUUAUGACCUGGAGAAGGACCAAUGGCAGCCGAUGACCUCCAUGCCCACGCCGCGGUACGGAGCCACGCCCUUCGUAAGAGGAAAUAAAAUCUACGUGAUGGGUGGUCGUCAGGGAAAGAUGCCGGUGACGGCGCUGGAGGCUUUUGACCUUGAUAUGAAGAGCUGGACACGUUACUCCUGCAUCCCAAGCCGGAGGGCCUUUUCCUGCUGCGCUACCAAUGAGCGAAGUCUCUUCAGCCUGGGGGGCCUCCAGCAGCCGGGGCCGCAUAACUUCUACUCCAGGCCUCACUUUGUCAGUACCAUGGAGGAGUAUGAUCUGGAUCAAGGCAUCUGGAUCAAACCCAGCCGAACAUCCAGGAUGAGGGAGAAGAGGGCUGACUUUGUGGCAGGAUGCCUGGGCGGAAGGGUAAUCGCAGCUGGUGGUCUAGGUAAUGAACCAUUGCCGUUGGGCACGGUGGAGAGCUACAACCCUGUGAAGCGUCGCUGGGAGUAUGUGGCGCCAAUGCCCACUGCACGCUGCUCCUCUGCCCUUCUGCAGACAACCAGCAUGCUCUUUGUCAUCGGCGGAGUCGCCCAGGGACCCAGUCAUGCUGUGGAAGCCCUCUGCUUACCGGAAACAGUGUGACACAUGCACACACGCUAACACACACACACACACACACACACAGGAGUGCUAACCGGCAUUGAUAUUUUAUUCUUGUGUGUGCAUGAACACAGACGAAAAUUGGACGUGAAUUGGACCCACAGGUGACAUUUAGAUACUUUUCUACCUUUAUGUCAAACUGAUGGUUUCCUAUUGUACACUUGGAUAGUAAAAACCAUUUUUGACAUUCUACAAGCAUUUUCAACUGCAGAGGCAUGUUGUGACAGAGAUGGACGAAUACAAGUUUAAAGUGAGGACCGAACACUGAAAGCUUUUCUACACUGGGGAAAUCAGAGAGAAAGAAAAGAAUGAGCAAAAAACAGACACACACACGGUGUCUGAAGAAACAACACGCCUUUGAACUGUUGAGUAUUUUUCAAAAGCAGGGUACUUUUAUGGAUAUCAAAGGAAGAUAGGGCCAUAUCUGUAUCUCUUCUUUGCGGCAGCGUCGCUUUCCCUGCUGCUGCGUCAGCAGGCUCGGACACUUUUCUAUGACCUUCGGAACAGUUUCAGACAGUGUCAUUCUGGGAAUGUGUAUGUCUGUUGUAGUUCUUCUGUUUGUGUUGCUGUGUUGUAUAUGUGUGAAUGUUAGCGCUGCUAGCAACCACAGUGUCAACAACAGUGGCCCUUGACAUGCGUUCACACUUCAAGCAACUGCUAGUCGGAAGCCCAUCUACUGUAUUUUCUAAACCAGUGUAGCAUUAGCUGACGUUGAACACAGUCACUGUGUUUCCUUUAUUUGUUGUUUCAGAAAAGCUGACUGUGGUCGGCGCCUCGUUUUGCUACAUAUCUAUCCACCAUUGCUUUAAUAUUAGUGCCACAGCAAUCAAUCCCAAGGCUCAAACGGUCCUUCACACUGUAGCACAAGGAUGUAGUUGCUCGUGGAGUGAAUGCAGAUUUCCCUUACACCGGCUGCACUGAAGCAUCCAGACAGAUUAACCUGAAAUCAGCCUCCUGACAUAGUAUAUUCCCCUUGCUUUUUAAGAUUGAUAGUUAUACAUUAACGUCAGUCAGAUGAUGGACGAAAUGGGAAGAGCAUCUCAAAGGGAUGAUACCUGGGCAACAUUUUGAAGUCAGUGUUUGACAAGUUAGUGGAAACAUCUAGUCAUCACAGAUUAUAUGUUAUUCUUUUAAGUGUUUUGUAUUAUAUUACUUAACUAGUUAUUCAAAAGAAAAAGUAAUUGGUUGUAUUAAGUUACCCAUCCCAGCUCUGUCAAAGGUGCCUUUAAACAACUCCAAAGCCUCCACACCCGCAUGUCAAACAGACUGUCUUUAACGUGU